AUGUACCCUGCAAUUGUUAAGGAGUACCGCAAAACGGUGCUGCAACGACUCGACGUUCACAUUCGUGGCACAUCCCGUGACAUCGACAAGCUUCCGGGCGAUCUGAAAUCCUCCUCUCGCGUUUCACUGGUGCAGAGUGGACCACAUGACCGCGAGGCCCUGCGGAACUUGCAAACUCGAUCGGGGCGAUUUGGUAGUCAAGAAUUUCGCAGAGGACGUCGAGGCAUACCUGGACACAAAGGCCACCGUCCGGAGUGUGCAUAUCCUCAUUGGUAUCUCAUGGAGACCUUCCUCGACCUCUUUGGUGUCUGGAAUCCGGAAGAAAACGAGGUCAACUAUUGGGGUACUGGAAACGACAAAUGGGAUCUUACCUCGUAUCAGACAGCAGUCGAAUACAUCGCUGCUGUGGCUCUUGAUCCGAAUGCGACCGGCUUUCUCAGAUGGCCUGCCCUGAAAUCCAAUGGGCCUUUAACCGACAUAGCCGAGAAGUUGGAUCGCAUCGGCAACGCUGAAAACACCCAAACGUAA